AUGCAGUGUUAUAUUUGUGAUGUUCGCGUUCGUGCUAGAGGUUUUCGUCGAGUUGAGAACUUAGAUAAUCUUCCACCAAGAUUUCAGGAGAUUGCAUUGGGUCGCCGCAUGAACAACAAUCUACCGGAAGCCAAUUUUGAUAUUGGGAUUGUGAUUCACAUAAACUGCUACAGAUACAUCAUUGAAAAAAUUGGAGCUAGAAAUCUUGAACGUUUGUCAUUAGAAGCUAGAGAAGAUAUCUACAUGAAACGAGAGAUUUUUGUAGGAAAGGGUGCUUUAUGUUGCAGUGAUCAGAUAAAUGAUGACAGUAUGCUAGAUCAUAAUAUAAUAGAGAAUUUGCGUGGUAAUAUGCGUAAUGUUAACUUAAGUCCGAAAGAAGUUUCAGAGUGGUUUCAAGCGUUACGUCUGACAGCAAUUGAAAAUACUACUAAUCGUUUCGAGACAGACACGGGUAUUCAAGAGGACGACUUCAAAGCAUUGACAAACUUAAGCAAAAAUAAUUUUCAAGAUCUUUAUACUUAUUGCGAUGAGGUCGUAGUUUAUGAUAGAACUAGAGUUAUUACUAAAAAGGAUUUAGUUACAUUUCUUAUGAAAUUAAAAUACAAUUUAAGUGAUGAUUUAUUAAAAGUUUUGUGCUCAUAUUCUAGCAGAUCCAACGUUAGUCUGACAGUAACUGCAGUACGUACAAGUCUUUGUCAACGAUUUGUUAGAGAAAAUCUGGGUUUAGAAGCAAUUGGUCGCCAAGAACUUAUUAGAACCCAUGUUACAGAUUUUGCUAACUCUUUGUACAAUCCGAAUCCUGACAAUCCUCAAGCCAUUAUUUACAUAGAUGGAACCUAUCUCAAAAUUCCCAAAUCGUCUAAUUUUCGAAGUCUUCGCCAAACUUACUAUCUACAUAAGGGUUAUCAUUUAAUCAAACCUGUUUUAAUAGUCGGACCUGACGGAUAUAUUUUGGACGUACAAGGCCCCUAUUUUUCUGAUUCAAGAAAUAACGAUGCUGCAAUUUUACAACAUCACCUUGAAGAUGAGGAACAAGACGAAGUAAAUAACUUGCGUAACUGGCUGCAACCAAAUGAUAUUGUAAUUGUAGAUAGAGGCUAUCGUGAUUCUAUUCAUUUAUUAAAUUAUUUAGGCCUAGAAUGUCAUAUGCCACCACUUCUACCAAGAGGACAAAGACAGUUGUCUACUGAAAAUGCUAAUAAAGCGCGAUUAAUUACUAAAACAAUAUGGAUAGUUGAAGCUCGGAAUGGACAUUUAAAAAGUAUUUUUAAAUUGUUUUGUGGAUUAAUACCGGUCCAUCAUGUGCCUAAUAUUAGAAUGUUUUUAAAAAUUGGGUGCAGUUUAAUUAAUAAAUAUUUUCCACCUAUUCAAAUGCAAGGAGCAACUGCAGAAUUGGCAGAAACAAUGCAGGAAUUGGCUGCAUAUGAAAAUGUCGUAAAAGCUCGUGUUGAAGUUGACCUUUUGGACUUGAAACGUAUUCAAGACGAUGCAUGGAUUAGAGAUUUGACUAUUGGAAUCUACCAAGUAAAACUUGCACCUAGUUACAUUCAAGAUAAAUUACCGAGAGAAAACAUUGAACAUUUUACAUUUCAAGCACUUUUAGAAGAACAGGGUCUUCUUAGAGCUCGUGUUUACUCUAGAUUUCGUCAGGCGACUAAACAUCAAUUAUGGAUAGCUUUUCAACCACUCCAUCUAGAAAAUGACGGUGACAAUAUACUAAUCGACGGCUACUACUGCACUUGCAAAACUGGUGCACGAACUGUUGGAAGCUGUGCUCAUGUUGCAAGUGUAUUAUGGUAUCUAGGGUAUGCAAGGCAUGACGCAAAUGUAAGUUCUACAUCUGAGCAAGAGAAAAAACAGUUUGAGAGACUGAGAGAUACUGAUCAAGAUGAAGCAAAAGCGGCUAGAAAUCUCAUGAAUUCAGAUCUCCAAAAAGCUAAAAAUGAAGAAAAUUUGGAGGUACUGACAUUUGAUUUGGAAAAAACCCUACCUCUACCACGCAUUCCAACGAACAUUGUAUUUUACAAAAGGCAGCUGUGGCUUUAUAACUGCGGUAUACAUUCAGGAAAAACUGGGCGAGGUUAUUGCUAUGUUUGGGCCGAAGGCACAGCAGGAAAAGGACCACAGGAAGUAGCUUCAGUUUUACUAAAAUAUUUGCAAGAGAAAUUAACACCUCAAAUAACUGAAUUGAUAUUAUGGUCUCACAGUUGCGGAGGACAAAACCGCAAUAUUAAAAUUGUGAUGCUUUUAGAAUCUGUGCUUGAGCUUAUACCUUCUUAA